GGUUACAGGAAGUUCGAAAUCAGCUGUGAGCUGUCAAAUUUCUCUAUUGCGAUUAAUUUUUUGUCAUUUAUAGUUAAUUUGAUUAGCAAUAUUUUAAGAGAAAUAUUAGUCGUAUAAUCAGAAUUCCAUUUCUGUUAUACGAAACACGUUUUACGAGUUUUAAUACGAGAAAUAUUGUCAUAUACAAAAAUUAGGUUAAAAAUUUCCGACUGUGACAGAAUAGGUGAAUGUAUGUUUAGGGCGAAAGUAAGAAGUAUAGUAAACAUAAGUAAUGCACAAUGUCUCCGGAUCCAACGCAACAACCUAUAGAGGAAACUUUAAAUGCACCAAAUUUACAAAUUGAUGUUAGAGGAAUGAAUGAAUCAGACAGUGAGGAUGAUGAUGCAGGAAUGGCUGGAUACAUACCUUUAUCUCAAGUACCUACAGAUAGUGAUCCAAUGUUGUAUGAAGAUGAAGAUGAUGAAUGGGUAUCUAAUGCAGGUGAAUCUAGUCAAACAUUGUCACUCUCGUCACUAGAACCACAACAAGAUUGUAUGUCAGAAACAAUUGAAGUUUGGUCAUCCCCUCGUAAUCGAUCAAAUAUUGAUAUGGAUGCAGACAAAAUCAAUCAAGUAAAAUCCAUGAUGGCAACUUUCACGUUACCUACAGCAGCAAUUCCAGAAUGGGCAAAUACUAUAUCUGAAGAUGAAUGGAAAGAACAACUUAUUGGGCGUAUUAAAGAAAUACAAAAUAGGGAAAAUUAUAUACCUCAGAGGUAGUUCCUGAUGUUGUGCACCAAAUGUAAAUCAUGUAACCCGGAAUACAUAACAUUGACGAAAGACCAGACAGCCAUCCUAAUACAUGACUCCACCAUGGAUACUCGUAUGUAAGGUAUUUCACAGGGACAAACUUAAUUAUGUUGAAUGUGAAGACGCCCUAAUUUCAAAUUUCAUUUUUAUUACUUAUUGUUUUAGUCAAUAUUUUAUAACAUCAGAAAUAGUAGCUAGAAGUUAUAUAGAA